UCCAAGUUCUGCGCUUUCCACGUUGAAUAGUAGUACAUUUAUACACACAUCUUCUUGUCUUCACUCAAACCCAUGGUGACUUGGUGAAAACAAUGACAUGUGAAUCAUUCAUCUUCAACCAAAUUAUUUUGUUUCCAAGUCUUGUUUAUCCCAAGAACUCCAAGGAAAAGGAAUAGUCUUUUUCUUGCAGUGUUUAUUUGUAGUAUAUAUUAAUUAUUGUGCACCAUGAUUCACCACCCUUUUGUGCAAUGUUGUUGUCAAUGGGAGGGGUGAAGAGUUGGUGAGCAGAACUCCAGCUGCCUACCAUUGACUUCCCAGACAUCAUGGGAUCCUCGUUGCCACACAUGCAUUAUUUCUAGAAACCCUUUUCGGGAUUUUCUUGGUUUCUUUUAAGACAAGCCCUGAGUAUGAUUUUUGAAGGUUAGAACCUAAUAAGAUUAUAAAAAAGGCAUUAAAGAAUUCUGUACAGGAUCUGGUUGGUUUCUUCUGGAGGGGCUAUGAGGUGCUUUCCGUUUUCCAAUUCUAAUAAAACUGAUGAACCAAAGACCACAAAAUCUACAUCAGGUCGCUCGACUACUUCGACAUCGACUGACCAAGAUGUGAGGAAAUCAGGAUCUGAGUAUAGUUCUCAGAACAUUUCAGAUAUAAGCAGUGCAUCAUCGGCUAAGAUCUCAUUCGCAAGCUUGUCUCAAAGGCCAAGCAACCUUAGGGUCUUUACAUUUGCAGAGCUGAAAACGGCUACAAGGAAUUUUAGCCGCUCCCUUAUGCUUGGAGAAGGGGGAUUUGGUCCAGUGUAUAGGGGUGUUUUACGGGAGACACAUGAUUCAAGUAAAAGAAUUGAUAUUGCUGUGAAGCAACUCAGCAGCAGAGGGUUACAGGGACACAAGGAAUGGGUGACAGAAGUAAACGUCCUUGGUAUUGUUGAACAUCCGAAUCUUGUCAAACUUAUAGGUUACUGUGCUGAGGAUGACGAGAGAGGAAUGCAACGUCUUCUAGUCUACGAAUAUAUGCCUAAUAGGAGCGUACAAGAUCAUAUAUCAAGUCGAUUUCAUGCACCUCUGCCAUGGGCUACUAGAUUGAAAGUAGCCCAAGAUGCAGCACGGGGAUUGACAUAUCUUCAUGAGGGCAUGGAAUUCCAGAUUAUCUUCAGAGAUUUCAAGUCAUCUAACAUUCUCUUGGAUGAUCGGUGGAAUGCAAAGCUUUCCGAUUUUGGAUUGGCGAGAUUGGGCCCUGCAGAUGGAUUAAGCCAUGUCUCGACAGCGGUUGUAGGAACCAUUGGAUACGCUGCUCCAGAAUACAUCCAAACAGGCCGCCUUACAUCCAAAAGCGAUGUGUGGAGUUAUGGGAUCUUCCUCUAUGAACUCAUAACGGGAAGACGCCCUUUGGACAGAAAUCGACCAAAGAACGAAGAAAAGCUCUUGGAUUGGGUCCGACCCCACCUUGCAGACAUGAGGAAAUUUGAGCAGAUUUUGGACCCUCGACUCAAUGGGAAGUACGAGCUCAAGUCUGCUCAAAAGCUAGCAGCCAUUGCCAACAGGUGUUUACUUCGACACCCGAAAAACCGGCCCAGAAUGAGUCAGGUUCUCGAGAUGGUUAACCACGUUGUCGAGGCAACAAGCAUCGAAAGUCCUGAUGGUACCGUAGAACAUUCCCCUCUGACUGAUGACGACGAGAAAUCUGCAGAAGAAAGUUUGAAGAGAAGAUUUCUUCACCACAUAAUUGGAGAUAACAAGUGCUUAGGCUGGAGAUCACGGAGACUGAUUGAGUGAAAUAUCUACACACAUGCAUGUGAGACACGAUCGAGGUUUGCUGUUCUUGAGAUUCUUAGUUUGAAACGUCUUUGAGAAAAUUUUGGUUGUGCUGUCUGGAAUGGGAACUGUAUAUAAACAUGCUUGUAGCAAAUCCCUCAACACAAUGCAUACUGAUUAGAGCUCCCAAGUUCAGCAUUGGGCGGUUUC